CGCACUUCCCUGUUGGCACAGCGUGGAGGACGGCAGGCACCGAGCUGGACGCUGACUGAACUCUUACUGCACUCUCAUUCAGGAGCAGAAGAAUGCUGUACACUGAGUUACUACAGUUGUGGGAUGAGUCGGUGCAGGCCGUGGAUGCCAGGGACUGGCAAGGAGCUCUGAACAAACUGGGGCAGAUUAGUGAACCGACGUCUCGCACUCUGUUCAACACUGCCUCGGCUCACCUGGCUCUGGGAGAGCUGGACCUGGCCCUCAAGGCUUUAGACCUCACCAUCGCCAGGGAUGAACGUCUUGCUGUUGGCUUCUUCCAGAGAGCAGCAGUGAUGAUGCAGAUUGACAGGUUGGAGGAGGCUCUGUCCGACUGUAUCUGGGCACAGAAGUAUUUAAGAGGAAACAUGGUCAUUGACUACAAACAGCUGGGCCUGCGAUUCAAGCUCUACAGCUGGCAGGCUUUGUAUAACGCAGCAGCUGUGUACUGUCGGAUGGGCGAGUGGGAGCGGGCCAGGGAGGUCCUGAUGUCAGCGUCUCAGGAGAGAGGAGGAGGUCGAGGGGGAAACAUAGAGGCGGCUCUGGACAGUGUCGUGAGAAAGGAGGUCCUGGCUCCUCUCCUGGUGCCUGAGGGUGUGGUGUUUCGUCCCAGGAGGCAGGAUGUGGAGCAGCUGCAGCAAAGAGACUUCUUGGGCAAAGCAAAGGUGAUUUCCUCCAUGAUUCCCAAUGAUGAUUUUGGAGGCUUUGAACCUCUGAGGCUGCAGCAACCUGGUUUCUAUGAGCCCAAGGUGGAUGGAGCUCAGGAUUCUCGAUACAUGCGCAUGCGGGUCCCUUACAUGGCUCGGAGCCCAGGACAGCUGACUGUGCCGGGAGGGGCCAUGGUGUUUUUAUUCGGUGAGGAGGACAGGGACGGGAUGGCAGCUGUCAUAUAUGAUGGGCAGAGAGGACUUCUGCCAAUGUCCCUGCUUGAUCCUGCAGAUGUGAAGACGUCCAAAGGCAAAAAGGACAAUAGAUAUCCCAGUGGUAUUCCCCUCCCACCAGGACUCAAGCCACCCACCCGUCCUCAGGCCGGGCCCAGCCCUGCAGCUCCACCUGGGGCCCGUACCUCAGACACUCCACCUCCAUCCUACACCACUGCCACCCACGCACCGCUGCCAGCCUCAGAGCCUCCCAAGUACACAGCCAACGCAGCCAGCAACCAGCGCACCAGCUCAGCUCAGGCAGGAGACGUGGGCUCUGUGGUGGUGAAGGUCCACUACACGUACACUGUGGCUCUGUCUGUCCCUCUGGACACUCCGUACCAUGAAGUGAAGGAACAAAUCGCACAGAAAUUGGGCCAGCCUGCAUCUCAGCUGCGCCUCAGACAUAAGCAGCAUGGCUCCCGGGUGCUGAUUCCACUGGGUGGGGAGGUGGAGCCAGGCUGCACCAUGCAAGAAGUGGCUGAGGCCGGCAGAGCCACCCUAUGGUGCCAGAUAGAAGACCCCUUGGCCAACCGUAACAUCCUCUACCAAAUGGUGGCGCUCUAUGACUACACUGCACAGGGCCCAGAGGACUUGGAGUUCAGUGAAGGAGACACCAUUGACAUCCUGGGUCAAGUUAAUGAGGAAUGGCUGGAGGGGCACUGUGCAGGAAACAUCGGCAUCUUCCCCAGCUGCUUUGCCUACAGGGAGAACGCCAACAUUACCCAGAGCUCUGAGUUAUAAAAGCUGACAAGUUACUGUGCAGUCAUCUCCAAUAAACCUUAAAAAUGUU